CAAAAGGGGCUUACGAAGAAAAAGAUAGAAUCAUCAUCGUUCCCUGAGUGAGUUUAUCUUCUUCCUUAUUCAUCUCCCGAAGUCUCUCACAGAAGAACUCUUUCCACUCAAAACAAAGAGCACAAAGACGCCAGAGAGAAGCAACAAACAAAGCUAAAUCGAGAAUGCAGACAAUCAUAAUCCACAAUCUCUCGUUUUGCAGCUUUAACUCCACCUUGAUUGAUCCAAAGCCAAGAUUUCAGUUUUCUUCUUUUGUUACUCUUCCUCCUUCAACUUAUUCACUGCAACACAAACUCUGUACAAGAGCUACGACGAAUAAACAGUUUAUCGCAGUUUGUGCAGCACCAUCAGAUGUAGAGACUUCUUCUAAGGAUGAAUCUGUUUUGAUUACCAAAGUGGAGACUACAAGCAGCAAUGAAGUUAAGGUGCAUGUACAUGUAUCAGGAGAGAAGACUCAAACUGUGUUCAAUAAUGUAUUUGAGAGAAUGGUUGCUGCAGCUCAGCCAAUUCCGGGGUUCCGAAGAGUCAAAGGAGGAAAGACCCCAAAUAUACCCAGAGAUAUUUUGCUAGAGAUCCUUGGAUAUUCUAAAGUCUAUAGGCAGGUGAUAAAGAGAUUAAUCAAUUCUGCUAUUGAAGACUAUGUUAAACAGGAAGACCUAAAGGUUGGCAAAGAAUUGACUGUCGAGCAAAGCUAUGAAGAUCUUGAAGAAACAUUCGAACCUGGUGAGAGUUUCAGCUUUGAUGCUAUAAUAAAGCUUCAAGAAAUGAGUUGAAGAAAGCGUUGAUCCUUUAGGCAAUCAAUCAAUCAUCUUCUUACUAUCCCAAGAUUGUGUGACUCCUGAAGCUCCCCAACUAUCUUUUCAACUAAUUCUACCCCUUUUCAUUUUCCUAUUAUUACAAACACAAGCUCUGCCUUUUGUGUCUCUAAAUGUUUCUCUACCGUUGAAACCUCGUUCGCUAAGGUAA